GUCUGUCUAACUGUCUCUCUCUCUCUGUGUUCCUCUGCAACAAGUAAGCGAAAGCGAUCGAGCGAGAGUAUUGAGUUCAACGAUUGAGCGAGUGAUUUUCUCGGUUCUCUCUCUUUAACGACUGUGUGAAAUUUUGGGUUCUGAAAGCAAGAAUGGCGUGGUCUGCUAUAAAGCGCAGACAAUUGGAGGAUGGUUUUGGUUCCUUUGAGUUUCAGUUUCAGACCCAGAAGAGGAAGAGGUCUUCUAGGGUUUCUGAGACCCAACGGAAGGAAAAUUCGACUGUUGGUCUUCCUCUGCGCAAAGUCAAAGGUUUGACUUCAUCUGCUUCAAAAGAGACGUUGGAUUGUUCUAAGGUCUUGGAUUCUCUGAUGAACCUCAGCCAUGCGAGCUACUUCAACAAGCCUGUUGUUGAUCCUGUGGCUGAGAAUUUGCCGGGUUAUUUCGAAGAAAUCUGGAGGCCGAUGGAUUUGGGUACUGUGAAAUCGAAAUUGGAGAGGGGUGUCUACUCCAGCGCUGAUGGCUUUGCUGCUGAUGUCAGGCUUAUCUUCUCAAAUGCUUUCAGAUAUUUCAAUAUUGGAAGUAGAAAUCGUGCAGCAGCCAAGCAUCUGAGUGGGGUUUUUGAGACCCAAUGGAAAAAAGCCGAGGAGAAAAUGUCAAAUACUGCUUGUCCUCCUCCUACUCCUCCUCUGCCCAAACGGAGACCAAAUGGCAAGAGCUCUUCUGCUUGUAGGGUUCUUAUGCAAAGUCAAGGGGUUGUUGGGGUUCCUGAUUCGCACUCAGUUAAGUCAACCAAAGAUGAUGACUUGGGCACCCUUGUUCAUCAUGUCAUGUAUCAGGCCACAGAGAAUCUUUCUCCAUGUAAGGCUAGGCGAAUUCAGUCGCUCAAAAUGCGAUUUUCAGGUACAAUACGGAAAGCAAACAAGAUACUUAAAGGUCUACCUGAUUCUCCACCAAGGAGAAAAUUGAUGCAUCGGAUGGAGCGAAGGGAAUCAGCUCGCCACGCCGUUUUGAACAUGGAAAAGUCAGUCCAAUUUGAGAACCCUUUAAAGGAUCUCAAAGAACUUGAGAUUCUGUGCGGCUGUGGCAGUGAAAAGAUCUACCUUGGAUUGCCCCUUAAGCAUUUGGGUUUGUACCUCAAGGAAGAUGACGAGUUGCAGGGUCAGGACGAGGAGGCGUUUCUGAAUGGAGAUUGGGAGGAAGGCGAGAUCUGCUGGCAGGAAGGCGAUUGGGAGGAAGGUGAGAUCCGCUCGUGAAGUACAGGUGCAUCAGCAGCAGCCUUUCUUUCCCUAUGAACAUAAACCAUAGAGCAAUUCCAAACUCCUGCUAAUCAGUUGCAAGGGUUGUUGCUAUGGAGUGUGUGCCCCACUCGCCUAAUCCCAGCAUUGGCAUUUGCUUCAGUAACCCUGAUAAUCAGUUUGCAGUUUGCAUUGCUGUUAGAGUUGUGUUGCCUUCAUCAUCACUUCAAUAAGGGUUAUAUCAUGGCUAUUUCAGAUGUUCAUUUGCAAAGGUAAGGCUGGUUAGCUCCUACCCCCCCAUGGAGUGUGUGUCCCCACUUGUCUAAUCCCAGCGUUGGCAUUUGCAUUAGUAACUCUGAUAAUAAGUUUGCAGUUUGCAUUGCUGUUGGAGUUGUGUUGCCUUCAUCGUCGCUUCAAUAAGGGUUAUAUCAUUGCUAUUUCAGGUAAAAAUGAUAAAGAUUUUGUAGUAGUAUUUGUUUUUGUUAAAUUUACAAGGAAAAUGGAGUGUGAAAAUUCCAUUACUGAUUGUUCUAAUAGGUUUUCUUGUGACCUUCCAUAUAGUAAAUGAUUUGUUAUCUUUGGUUUAGGCUUAGGCUCGUUAUGCACAAGGACUCAUUCCUCCUUAUCAAACAAAUCACAGUUUAAUACCUGUGCACUUAUCUUUCCUUCUUCUGUUUUCCCUUUUAUUUAUUUAUUUAUUUUUUCUCAAGGAGCCAUUCCUCCAUGGUUAAGUGUCAACUAAAAAUUGUGAUUUGUUUUUAUAGCAUAAGAACCAAAACUUGUUCGUAAAAAACUGCUACUUUCUCGUACAAAAUGUAUCCCAAUCAUUUCUAAAAAUGCUAUAAUAAGGUUUGUGCAGUGAUCUUUUUGUAAAAGCUUCUAUAGUGAUGUCUUGGAUGCUAUAAUCCUUUUUUUUUUCUUCUUCUUCAAAUACUUCCAACUUGGCUAUAGACCAUGGGUUAGUUAGUACUUUUGGGAUGCUGGGAGGAUCAUCAUGUGGAGAUACAGAGGAGCUAUUGGCUUAGAUUCAGAUUUUAAGAUCAACAGGAACGGUUGAGAAGGUUGGAGGUGGUUUACCCCUAGCUUUCUUACCUCAAAUGGUUAUUUAGUCUCAUCUUAAUUUAUAGCCAAAUUAUUCUUAAAAGUUUUGUUUAUCUUUCAUUUCUGAGGUUCACACAUUAUUAAUUGGAAGAACCAUUAAUUAGGAAGCUUCACUGAGAACUUGGGUUGAUGAACAAGCGAGGUUAUAAUAUUUAAAGUAUACUAUCUGCAUUUGAUGAGAUCUUGAGGUAGUUUAAGCAUUAUAUAUAGAUUAGAAUGCCAAGCAAGCAGCAAUGAAUUUUUUAUUUAAGUUGCCAUAUCCGGUAAAUGAAAUUGUAUACAACUCUGGUUAGAGUUUAUUUAGUAUUGUAUUAUUUCACCCUUUCAAACUUUUUCUGUCAAUGUCCAUGAGUACAAAUUUAAGUUCACUGAAAUUUUCUUUUAUUAUCAUCAAUGACUAAAAAUCAAAUCAAUGGACACCUUAGAAGUUCCACGUUUUAAACAAUUGCCAUAGCUGAUGAGGGCACUCCAAACAAAAAUUGGAAACCAUUUUUAUUUUGACAUGUUAAACAGGAUCUAUGGUUCUGAUCGUUUACAAAAAAGCGUACUUUCUGAUGUGACUAAGCACUGCAGUGGAGAAGAGUUCUAAUGGGGAACAGAAGCAGUUUCUGUUUCUGUUUGGUCUGUAAUUGUACUUUCCCUUGCUCUAUAGUUUCUAACUGUUUGAUUUUUCCAAGUGUUAUGUGUAUUAGAAUAGAAUAAGUAGUAAGGUUGGCUUGGCACACAGACUUGUUUUGCCCUUCUACAGUUCAAAAACUUGAACAUAAAGGCCCAUUUGAUAACUAUUUCAAUUUAUUUUU